AUGCAACAAGAAGAUAAUCAUAAUCUUGAAUUUGUAUCUCGCAAUAUAAAAAAUAAUUCGGAAAAAUUGCAAAGAACGCCUCAAGUUAGUGAAUUUGACAAAAAAGAUAUAAUGUCACAAGAAAUUAAACGUAAAAUUCACUAUACUCCUCAGAAUAGUCCGAAUAAAUAUUCAAAAACUCCUCAAAAUAAUGAAUCAUUUAAAAAAGAUACGAAAUCACAAUUAGAAAGUAACAAACGAAAAAUUCAAUCAUUUCAUAAUGAAAGUCUGGAAAAAAUUCAGAAAAUUUGUCCAAGUGGAAAAUUUGUUAAUACUUUAAUAGGACAAUGGUCUAAACAUAUGGGUAUCCAAACACCACUAUCCGAAACAGGAAUAGUACGAGAAAAUUUAAUCACGGAAGAAAUGAAACAGAUGCAUGUAAUUGAAGAACGAAAAAUUCAAAAGUUGCAAAAAAAGCUUCAGAUUGCUGAAGAAACUAUAUCUUCACUUUCUACUUCUCAUGAAGUGGAAUUACGAGCUAAAGAGGAGAUUUUACAACAAUUGAAUAGCGAUUGGGAAUCAAUUACUAAAUAUUAUUAUGAAAUAUCAGAGAGUUUAAAAGGAUUUCAACAACAUAAAGAUAAUCUAUCGAAAUUAUAUAAUGAAAUCAUUGUUAUUCAACAAUCUACAAUGAAGAAAUUACAACAAGAAUUAUGUAUUAUGAAAUUAAAAGAUGAUGAGCAAAAAAAUAUUGUUAGUACAAUGGAAAACAAAGUAAUAAAUCAAGAGAAAAGAAUAUACGAAAUGAUGAGUAUUGAGAACGAAUUGAAAAAACAAUUUGAAGAAUUGAAAAAUAAUUCAGUUUUAGAGAAAAAUCAUUUACAUAAUGUUUAUACAGAAGAAAAAUUAGAAUUAAUAAAGAAGCAAGAAAAUCUCACGUCGAUGAAUCAAGAACUACAAGUACAAUUACAGAAGAUUACAGAAGAAAAACAAAACUUAACUAUCUUGUUUGCUGAAAAAGAUGAUGAAAUAAUAAAAUUGCAAGGGGAGAUUGUUACAUGCAAAAAUAAAAUCGAGAAUUUGUUAUGUCAUAAUACUGAAUUAAGUGCAAAAUAUGAAAAAUCCAUAAAUAAAGAAGAAAAACUAUCAAAAGAAAUACAAACGAAAGCGCAAGAAAUCGAUAAAUUACGAGAAAAUUUAAAUACUAGACAAGAAAUAGAAUCUAGUUUAGCUAAAGAUUUUGAUAUGAUUGAUAACAAAUAUAAAAAUAUACAAAAUAAUUUUUUAAAUAUAGAAAAUAAAUUAAAGGAAGCGCAAGUUCGCAAUAUAAAUCUUGAACAAUCUUUACAAAUGAUGAAAUCUGAUAAUGAACACAAAAUAAUGGAAUUAUACGGAAAAAUUGAAUUUUUAGAAAAAGAAAAAGCACAAAUACUUUUAGAAAAACAUUUAAAAAUACAGGAAUUUGAGAAUAUUCAUAAAUUAUUAAAAGAAAAACACGAAACAGAGAUAAAAUCCUUAAAAGAAGAAUUCGAUAUUAAACUAAUAGAAAUGAAAAAAACUUUAGCUACACAAAAAUCUACAUUUUUAAAAUUAAAUGAAACUGUAAAUAAAAUAAAUAAUGAAGAAAAUCAAAAUAGACAAAUAAAUUUUCAUGAUCAAUGUACAAAAAUAAAUCAUAAUGAGUUGCAAGAUAACUUAAAAGAAAAAAUGCAACCUUUAAUAGAAUCUAUUCUAAUAGAAAAAAAUCAAGUUUGUGAAAUGAAAGAAUUUCAAAAUCAAGAAAAUGUAAAUAAUUCAAAAAUUAUAAUCAAAAAUAAAAACGAAAUAUCGAAUCUUGAGCAAGAUAUAUAUAGCUUUAGUACCAGAGAAAUUAAUGAUGAGUUACAAAAUAUAUUAUCAGUACAAGAAAAAAAGGUUCGAUUCAAUUUAAAUUCUCCAAUAAAGGAUUUUAAUUGUAUUGAAAAUAAUUCUUUUUUUUCUCGAGAUAACGAAGAGAGAAAAAAUGAGGAUGAAGAUGAUUCCUUACCGAAAAAAAAAAUAUUUAAAACACGCAAUUAUGGAUUACGACAAUAUGGAACUUCAAAGAAAUCCCAAUUUGGAACACUUGGAAAAAUUUCUAAAAAAUAAAAUUUUAUAAAAUACAUUACAUAAAAUUAUUUAAUUAUUAUAAAUUAUUAUUUAAAAAAUAUAUAAUUUCAUAUAAUAUAUACAUUUCAAAGAUAAAUUUUUUGUAAUUGCUUAAAAUGUAUUUUUUCAAUCUAUUUAUGUUUUUUUACUUAUGUUUAUUAAUAUACCUUAGUAAAUUAUGUUAAUAUAUAAAUUAUAUAAAAAUGUUAAUUUUAUAAAUUACAUAUUUUGUUAAAAAUAUAAUUAAUCCACAACAAUUAUUAACAAAAAAUAAUUUCUUUAAUAAAUAUCUAUAAUAAUAUUCAACAUAUUUAUUAAUAAAAUGUAUAUUUCAGAUUCUUAUUUAUUGUUAAUUUAAAUACCUACUUUUUAUCUAUUAUAUUAAAUUCACAAUAUUUAAUUUUUAUAUAUGCAUUUGAACAAGAUAUUGUUCAUUGUUUAUAUACUUUUUGCUUUAAUUAAUUCUUUUUUUUAUUUAAUUCUUUAUUAUCCUACUAUUUACAGGAAUAUUUUGAAAAUUUUAAUUAUUCAUUAAAGUAGUAGAACAAUCCCAUUUCAUGGAUCUUUCAACAGCCAUUUUCCAUUUAGAAUAUCUCAAAUCUCUUUC